AUGGAGAAUUCAGAGAUACAUGGAGUCGAGGCGGAUCUGAGUAGUAUUCCGAUUCCUCCCACCGGGCGUAAUACUGCUCCUGGAAGGCCCAUAGAGACCUCAGCCCACAACAAUGGAGUACAAACUGGAGUAACGCAUGAAAAUCCUAAGGACCCUAAUCAAAACAUAUUAUCACGGGUUGAUUUUGGCAGCGAUAACUCUGGGUUUCAAGCUGGUGUCAUUAACGGUGGUGUCCAUGGCAUCACCUUCCACUACUCAGAAAAUCAGUCGAUAUUCGGUAGCCUGGCACAAGGGAGUCAACUUCUAGACACAUCCACAUUGGAGAUUCUCGCAAAAAGAGCUCAAGUCCAAGCCGGAAGAAGUGUGCCUAGGCAGUUACAGGACAGAUGCUACGCUCCAUACAAGACCGUGAGAAACCGAAGAAUCAAGUUGAGGCUCCUGCAGAUCGCUGAUGUCACCAAAUUUCUCGAUCGAGGCUUCGCGGAAUAUUUCCAAGUCGCCGUGCUCUCAUUUGGCAAGCAACAUGCCCAGCAGCUACUACAAGAUGCCCGCAAGACGAUAGCCAAAAUGCAGAACAAGCAGGAAGAUCCUGACUCUGCUGACAUUGGCGAUCUCGGCCACUUUUGCGAGCAGAGCGCAAUCACCUCGGGUGACUCUAAGCAGCGGCCUCCAAGAUUCACAGUUACCCAGCGGCGCGACGAAGAAAUAUUGCACUAUCUACAAGAUGCACUCGAGAUACCUUACUGGGAAUUCAUGGUAGAUAUCUUCUUGGGAUGGAAGGCGAACUCGAGUGCUCUGAGCGGAGAUGUCGUGUUGCGUGUUUUGCACAGCACAAAACUAGAACUUCUUGAUGGGCGGCGGCGGCUUAUGGAUGAAAUGGCCGCUUUGCAGGGUGACGAUGCAGAGGAUAUAGCACCGAUUGUUGAUGGAAUUGAUGCUAGAAUAAAGGUCUUGGAUAGCCUUUGGGACAGUGCAUCGUCGAAUCCUGAUGGCACUCAUCAUUCAUUGGUCUCCUUUUUGGAACAGCCGCUACACCAGCCUUUGAUUGCUGUCGAAGAGGCGCCAAUUCCAUCUCAAGACGAGCAAAUCGGACGUCAAGUGGAAACCGCAACACUCAUCGCCUUGAUCCUACUCUUCAUCAUCGUCGCAAUAAUCCCCGGAUACAAAGCCUUCGCGCUUUCCAUGCAAGACAACGCAAUUGGAAGUAUCGGAGAUGCCGAUUUCUGGUACCUGAUCCAAAGCAGUAUCAUGGCAGUGAUGGGCAAUGUCAUCAUGGUUGUACCCUUGUUCAAGAAGUCGUGGUUCUCGCCAACAUAUGGUCUGAUGUGGGGAUUCUUUGCCCUCGGCCUUGCCUUUGCAAUCGUCGCUGUUAUCAUCUACCCCUUGCUCAACCCUGGCUGGAGCUCCAUGGUUGCUUUCUUUGGAUCAAUCGCAUCAGUUGCGUCAGUGUUGAUAAUGACACAGGCGACUGCGAGGGAGGACACCAAGAAUAAGGUCAAAACGGAAUGA